AUGACUGUCACACAAGCAUUAAAAGAUAAGAGGUGGCGAGGAGUUCUUUCAACGGAGAUUGAUGCUUUUGCACAGCAUCGCACAUUUGACCUUGUUCCUCGACCUCCAAAGAAAAACGUUGUUGGCUGCAAAUGGAUUUUCAAGAAAAAAUUCAACUCCAACGGUUCACAUCAACGUUGUAAGGCCCACCUAGUUGCCAAGGGAUACAAUCAACAAUUAGCCCAAGACUACACCGCGACUUUCAGUCCAGUAAUCAAAACCACAACCAUCCGUCUCGUCCUUGAUGAUUCCGUCUCCAAGGGGUGGCCAAUUCAGCAACUAGAUGUGAACAAUGCUUUUCUUUAA